AUGAAAUGUCCUCGGUGUGUAGGUCCUAGAUCUAAACCAGGGUGGAAUUCAGAAUUGGGUGCCCCCUUAGAUUCUGCUAUGAAACGCUUGAACCUUGUUUCAUUGGAGGAGGAGGCUCUUGAACCGAGGGUCGUCAGGGCUGCUGCCGGUUUGCCAGAUGAAGGAGAACUCAAAGCAGCUCCUCCGCUAGAGCCUGGUGGUGAACUGCCGAAAGCCCUAGAAAGUCCAGUCGAGUAUUCCGCAAAAUCGCCGCAUCCUUCGAGCGAAGGAUGGAAAGAAGCACUCGAUCAAGCUCCUCCAUUAGUCGAUUCUGGACCAAAACCGCAGCAAAUAGGACCACAUCGGUAUCGAUUCGUUGUUCCUUUGGUCGUACUCGCUGACAUAAGAGGCAAAAUAUACAGACUUACAACACAUUACACAGUCACGAACAACGAGCCCGUACUUGAUUUUAAACCACUAACCAUAACAUUCAAUGGACAAUUAUUGUGGCAAACCAAGGGCGACGUCACUCAAAACAUUGAUUUUGAUAAGAUAACGAGCAUUACAUCCGGUCACGGAACAUUCACAGAGCAUAGCCCGAUAAGCGUUGAAGAUAAAAAUCUUAAACAAUAA